CUUUUCUUUGGAAAGUCCAACCUGCUCAUAUCUCUGUCUCCCCCUUCUUCAUUUUCCCUUCCAUUGGGGACAGAAAUUGCCCAGCAUGGCUUCCUUCAAGCCCCAGGAUGCCAUCGCCUCGGCGGACGAGCCAUUGCCAGAUUCCCGCAACGAUCGUCAGGACUCCACGGCUUCCGUGGCUAAGAUCGUUCAUAAUGCCAAAGCCGCUACGGAUAAGGAGCAACAGAUGACCCUGUUGCAAGGCAUCAAACUCUACCCCAAGGCUGUCGCGUGGAGUGUUUUUAUCUCUACUUGCAUCGUCAUGGAAGGUUACGACAUCAGUCUGGUCAACAAUUUCUACGCUUUUGAUCAGUUCAACCGGAAGUACGGCGAGUUAACGUCAGACGGGAAAUAUGAAGUACCGGCUCGGUGGCAAGCAGGUCUGAGCAACGGUGCAUAUGUAGGAGAAAUAAUUGGGCUGUUUCUCAAUGGAUGGGCCUCGGAACGCUUCGGAUAUCGCUAUACCAUCAUCACCUGCCUCAUUCUAAUCACAGCUUGGACGGCCAUCUUUUUCACCGCCCCCAACGUUCAAGCGUUACUGGCUGCCGAAAUCCUUGCCGGUAUUCCCUGGGGUGUUUUCCAAACACUCACGGUCACAUACGCAUCCGAGUGUUGUCCUGUUGCAUUGCGGGGUUAUCUGACGACCUAUGUCAACUUCUGCUGGGGCCUGGGUCAGCUGAUUGGAAUCGGUGUGAUCAAAGCGAUGAUCAACCGGGAUGAUGAGUGGGCAUACCGGAUCCCAUACGGCUUGCAAUGGAUGUGGCCGUUACCCCUGCUUAUUGGGAUUUUCUUGGCGCCUGAGUCGCCAUGGUGGCUUGUGAGGAAAGGCAAGACGCAGGAAGCCAAACGAGCCCUCCUGCGAUUAACUAGCGUAAGGCAAGACUCCGACUUCGACCCGGACGAAACCAUUUCAAUGAUGGUUCAUACUACGGCCCUCGAAGCAAAGAUCACCCGAGGUGCUAGCUAUCUAGACUGCUUCAAGGGAACCGAUCUGCGGCGAACGGAGAUUGUAUGUAUGGUCUGGGCCAUCCAGAACCUAAGCGGCAAUUCGUUCUCCAACUAUUCCACAUACUUCUUAAAGCAGGCUGGCCUGGCCACAGACAAUGCCUACGCUUUUGCCAUGGGGCAAUAUGGUAUAAACAUGGUGGGCGUUUUCGGAGCGUGGUUUCUCAUGACUCUGGGAAUUGGUCGCAGAACCCUCUACCUGUACGGGCUCUGCGGUCUCUGUGCCAUGCUACUCAUCAUGGGCUUCCUCGGUCUGGUUCCGCACUCGCACCGGGACCAAGCAUCUCUCGCUACCGGCUCCAUGAUGCUCGUCUGGGCCCUAUUCUACCAGACUACUGUUGGAACAGUUGCGUACUCGCUGGUCGCUGAGCUCUCAACUCGCAGACUACAAAUCAAGACUGUGGUGCUCGGCCGCAAUCUCUAUAACAUUGUCGCCAUUAUUUGCGGCGUCUUGACACCGUAUAUGCUCAACCCCGAAGCCUGGAAUUGGAGCAAUUAUGCGGGUUUCUUCUGGGGCGGUAUCUGCUUUCUAUGUGUCAUCUACACUUACUUCCGCGUUCCAGAACCUAUGGGUCGUUCCUUUGCUGAACUAGACCUUCUCUUUGAGCGAAAUGUUAGUGCCCGCAAGUUUGCUAGCACCCAAGUGGAUGUCUUUGACGAAACUAUUGAAGGCCGUCUGGUGAAUGAAUACCAAACACAAAAGUCAGCCACCGCUGACGUGGCUCAGCUGGAGAAACAACCUGGGUCAUCAUGAUACUAUUUUAAUAUCCCCGAACAUAAUAUCUUAUCUAAUACUGUACAUACUCUAAUGAAUACGAUUUACGUUAUGAUGCUACGUCCGGGC